ACCAAGCUUCUUCACAACCAAAUUGUCAAUUGAUUGAACACUUGAAUAGCCCUUCCUUCCAUGGCAAAUCGUCAUUCUUCUAAAUGCUUGCAUCUUCCAUGCAAAACAUUAUCUCUUGUUCUCCUUUUGAUUUACUUGCUACUUGUUGGUUCUAGUGAAGCAAUAAGAACGGGGCAAACUAUGAGGCUGAAUGAAAGACUCAAGGGAAAACACAACAAACAGAGUUUUCCAUACCAAAGCAUGGUUUUCAACUUCUUCCCCAAAGGGUCAGUGCCACCUUCAGGUCCCUCAAAGAGGCAUAACGCGAUAAUAAAUAAUUUA